CUUUCAAACUCGUCCCGACCCAGCCAAAAAAAGACCAUUACGAAGGUCCUCGCCGUCAACCAAAGUCAAAAUGUCUUCCACUGUCCCCACCAACGACCAGAUUCUGGUCCCCGAGACCCUCCUCAAGAAGCGCAAGUCCCAAGAGAAGGCUCGCGCUGAGAGGCUCGCCGAGCAGGAGAAGACCAAGAAGGCCAACAAGGACAAGCGUCAGGUUAUCUUCAAGCGUGCUGAGAAGUACGUCAAGGAGUACCGCGAUGCUGAGCGUGAGAAGAUCCGCCUCAACCGCGUUGCCAAGCAGGCCGGCGACUUCUACGUCCCUGCUGAGCAGAAGUUGAUCUUCGUCGUCCGUAUCAAGGGUAUCAACAAGAUUGCUCCCAAGCCCCGCAAGAUCCUCCAGCUCCUCCGUCUUCUCCAGAUCAACAACGGCUGCUUUGUCCGUGUCACCAAGGCCACCAUGGAGAUGAUCAAGGUUGUUGAGCCGUGGGUUGCCUACGGUUACCCCAACCUCAAGACCGUCAAGGAGCUCAUCUACAAGCGCGGUUACGGCAAGGUCGACAAGCAGCGCAUUGCUCUUACCGACAACUCGAUCAUCGAGGCCAACCUCGGCCAGUACGGCAUCAUCUGCAUUGAGGAUCUCAUCCACGAGAUCUUCACUGUUGGCCCCAACUUCAAGCAGGCCUCCAACUUCCUGUGGCCCUUCAAGCUCAGCAACCCCACUGGUGGUUUCCGCAGCCGCAAGUUCAGGCACUUCAUUGAGGGUGGUGACCUUGGUAACCGUGAGGAGCACAUCAACGCUCUGAUCAGGCAGAUGAACUAAGUCUAUUUCACUUUGGGUUUCUGGGAACGGGUUGGUAGUUCAUGAUUUUUGAUACAAAACGGCAUGGUUGCACGGCGUUUACAAAAGCAAACUGGGCUUUUAGGGAAUUGAUGAUUUCAAUGAGAUUCCGCCGGCCCAGACCAAUGUGAUCAAGAUUACUUUUGCUGUUUCUGUGUAGUGUU